AUGGCGACCGAAGUCUGUUGCAGCUGCCACGAGCCGCUCCUCAUCGACAUCGAACCGGACAGCGACGUGGAAGACAGCAAGGCUGCUGCACAGGUGCACAGUGUACCUGACGACGUCGAGUUGAGUUGCGGAUGUCAUUACCACUGGGAAUGCUUCUUAGACGCCUACACGAUCACGCAAUGUCCCAACUGCGCCAGAGACAUCUCAUCCUUGUCCUCGAGCGGGUCCCAACAGGUUCUGGUCACGCUGCGCAACGAAGGAGGUGUGCAGGAGGGGUACGACAUUCUCCCAGCGGCCACGGAAGAGGCGUACUUGCGAGCAUACCCUGAAGAACGGAAGGGCCAUGCGUUCCUGGAGUUCUGUCGGGAAGGGGAUAUUGAUGCCAUUAUCCACAUGAUCAAAGACGAAGGCGAAGAUGAGGAUGAGGAAGAGCAAGAGCAAGAGCAAGGCGGUCAUUCUGAUGUGCUGAGGUAUCGAGGCACCUUUGAAGGCAUUGAAGGCUCGGGACUGCACGUCGCCAUCCGCUAUCAGCAGCAGGAGGUGGCAUGGCUGCUUCUUGCGCUCGGCUCACAACUCGAUUGGGAUAAGUUCCCUGCUGUCGUUCUCCAGGCGAUGCAAGGCCUGGGGUUGAGCAAGGAAGACAGAAAUGGAGAGCCAGAUAUUCGAACACUGCAAGAUAAUGACGGACGAACACCUGCGGCACUGGCGAAAGAAUUGGGAGGGGUCUGGGCCGAUUGGCUCCGUGAAGGCCGCUUUGAUCCUUGA